CUUCAGUCAGGAUGAGGGCCGUAGCAGUCCCUUUCGCGGGCUACGUCUGCCGGUCCUGUGCCGCCAGCGUCCGGCUCUCACGAAAACCCAUCCACACACGGCUCGCAUCCACCUUCGCGGACCGCAAGUCCUCCGCAUUCUCGGCAUUCUUUUUCGACAACCACCGCUGGUUGCCCACACCGAAGAAUGUGCCCUCGACGUCCAACCUGGCGCGCGGCCACACCAUCGACGCCGUGCAGUCGCCCGCGGCUGAAGCGACCUCCGUCCGGUCGUUCCGCGAGGCAGAAGUCCUUACUCCCGGACGGCUAGCAAAGAUAUACUGGCACCUAUCCAAGUCGAGCUUAACUGUCCUCGUCGCCCUCACUGCCAUGUCUGGCGUCGCACUCUCCCCCCUCCCUACCUCCGUCCCUGUCCUGCUCUCCACCGCUCUCGGCACGGCACUGUGUUCCGCGUCCGCAAACACCUUCAACCAGGUUCAGGAGGUUCCCUACGAUGCACAGAUGGCACGAACACGAAAUCGGCCAAUCGUACGCCGAGCAAUCAGCCCCUUGCAUGCUACCGGAUUUGCGGUGGCCACCGGCGUCGCCGGACCUGCCCUGCUCUGGACCAUGGUCAAUCCGACCACAGCCCUUCUUGGGGUGGCAAACAUCGCGCUCUACGCCGGUGCAUACACAUAUCUCAAGCGCAAGAGCACACUCAACACUUGGGUGGGAUCGGUCGUGGGCGGUAUCCCUCCCCUGAUGGGCUGGACAGCCUGUGGCGGCUCAAUACUCCCCUCUUCCAUGCAGUCGUUCGAGCUUGUCCUGCCCUCCUUCAUGUCGACCCUCUCAUCGAUUCCUACCGACGCUGCGCUCGCCGACAACCCCCUCGGCGCGCUCGCGCUCUUCCUACUGCUCUACAGCUGGCAGUUCCCCCACUUCAACGGUCUGGCGUACCUUGUGCGCGAGUCGUACGCGCAGGCCGGGUACCGCAUGCUCUCCGUGCUGGACCCGCACAAGAACGCGACUGUCGCGCUCCGCCACGCACUCUUGCUCGUCCCCGCUACCUCGAUCCUCAUGCCGCUCGCGGGCCUCACAACAUGGGCGUUCGCCGUGACGAGCAUCGUACCGCACGCCAUCUGUAUCAACACGGCGUACAAGUUCUGGAGGUACGGUGGGGAGAAGCAGGCGCGGAAGGUGUUCCAGCAUAGUCUGUGGUAUCUGCCCGUGCUGAUGGGGCUCAUGAUGUUCCACAAACGCGGUAUGGACUGGGGGUCAUGGAUCGGGCUGAGUUCGGACGAGGAGGCGGAGGCGGAGGAGAGCACGAAGGAGGUUUCGCAGUCCUGACCUACAUCACCACCAUUCAUGUUAAGCACCGUUACUGUAAUAUACAACAUAGUCCUCGCAGGCACCAACCUGCUCAGCGUCAUGACCCAGUCGCGGCCUUCUUCGCGGCCUUCGCUGCCCCGCGCCGCCGCUUCAACGCCUCGAGCUUGGUCUUCAGCGACGAGACCCGCGCGUCCGCCUCCUCCUGCGCCUGCUCCUCCUCCAUGAGCCGGUCCAUAAUCAACUCCCGCUCGUCCUGCUCCUUCCGCUUCCGUAGCGCCUCCUCAUCCAGCACCUCCUCCUGCGCAGGUUCCGCCUCCUCCGGUGCCGCGCCCGGGAACCCCUGCGGGACUUCGAGGUUGACCACCGGCUCCGCGAAUAUCGUCGCGCGCUCGUACGUCUCGUGCGUGUCUGGCGCGUUCACCACGGUCUGUUGAAACUGCGCCCACUCGAGGUCGAGCGCGCCUGCAUCCGCUGCCCCAGCUCCGUCCACUACCCCAGAUUGCUCGCCCUCGUCUUCGUCGUCCGCUGGAGGUGGGGCCUGGGACGGGUCCGAGAAGAAGUCUGCAGGCAGCGCAGAGCGUGCGGCCGCGGCCGCGGCAGGUCGAGGCUCCUCGUGCACCUCCUCCGCGCUCUCGACCCUCGCCCUCUUUGCUGGCUCUUCAGGCUCGUCCUCCUGGUCUUCAUCCUCGUCCUCAUCCACCUCCAUCGCCUUGCGCUUGAGGCUCUCGCGCUCGGCGGCGAGCCGCUGCUCCUCCCGCGCGCGUUCCUCGCGGAGGCGCGCCGCGGCCGUGCGGUGCGCCUUGCUCCCGAUGUGGCCCUCCCAUGCUGUCGCGUGCUUCACGGUCGUCCCGCACGCUAUGCAGCGCAGAACCCCAGAUGAUGUGUAGGUAGCUAGUGGAUGGUCGAUGCGGGCUUCCUGCCUUUUCGCCCUGAGGAGAGCACGAGCGUCG